UGGGAGGAUCACUUGAGCCUGGGAGACAAAGGCUGCAGCGUGCUAUGAUUGUGCCACUGCACUCUAGCCUGGGCAACAGAGUUAGAUCCUGUCUUAAAAAAAGAAAAAAAUUAUGAGCCUCAUACUUUCAUUCUUGGGAAAGGUAAAAAGGCCUGAAGGGAGGGGAUGUUGGAUGAAAAGCUUAGGAAGGAUCGGAAGGGUGCCAGCUGAGUGUUCAGAAUCAGUCUCUAGCUUCAGUCAAAGGCUUUUCCUUUCAAACCUACAAGGACUAGAUUUCUGAGUUUCUUAAGCUAUAUAUCCAGGGUAAGGGGUGCCCAAUUAAAUCUAGGGGGAAUCUAGAGGGACCUACCUAUAAUUUGAGCAUUUCUGAGAGCCACCUGGAGAGCACAGUCUAUCCCUUUCAGUGUGUUGAAUCCCCUAACAUGACUAACCCUGCAUUUGUAGUGGCCUCUUGUCUCUGCCAUGUAGCUCUUCAGAAGAAUUCCCCUUUUGCUUGCCCACUGUGACUAUGCAGAAGUGUAAAGCCAUUUGUGGUUAUGUGGAAUGGCCACAUGGUGGUGGCUCUGAAUGGCUGUGUGUGUCUUGAUGUUAUCAUGUGAAGUUGUGUAUAGUUCUGUGUGAUAGUUGUGGCUUUACGUGACUACUAACACACUCCCAGCCUUGCAGGCUCACAGUGCACAGGGCUGUUCAGCACACAGUGCUGGGUGGCUCCUCCAGCACCCCGAAUCUUCAGGACUACGCCCACAGCCAUGGCAAAAAGCUACCACCUGCCAGUCUGAAGCACCGAGAUGAGGUGUCUGCCGGGACUGAGAUGUAAGUGAUCAGCUGAAGGGAGAAAUUGUACACCAUGUGACGGACAAAUUACCUGACUCAAAAAGUAGUUAUGACCAUUCUGCAGCCACUCAGUGACCUUGGCUGGAAACCAAUGGCUGUGCAGUGUGAGAAAUGCCGUCGCAAAGUGAAGAUGCCUGGCCACUUGGUCGACCGCACAAUGUCUUUACCACUCUUAGCCCCUUUUGUUUCAACAAACCCCGAGUCUUAGUGCAAUGUUUGUUCUUCCCAACUGCUCCUGGUUCCUAAAUGUGGGUACAUUAAGGAAUCUUAAGGGCAAAGAAGGUGGGGUGGAGGGGACAGAAAACCUGUAAUCUUUGGUGCAACUCCAAGAAUGAAAUGACCCUUGAUGCUUACAUUUUCUUAGCAGACAUGACCACUUACCACCAAGAAGGGCAGAUGCAGCUGCCCCGAGCUGAUGCCAUUCGUUCACGUCUCAUCGAUACUUUCUCUCUCAUCGAGCAUUUGCAAGGCUUGAGCCAAGCUGUGCCGCGGCACACUAUCAGGGAGUUACUUGAUCCUUCCCGCCAGAAGAAACUUAUGUUGGGAGAUCAACACCAGCUAGUGCGCUUCUCUAUAAAGCCUCAACGUGUAGGACAGAUUUCACAUGCCCAGAGGCUGUUGAGCAAGCUUCAUGUGCGCUGCAGUCAGAGGCCACCUCUUUCUUUGUGGGCCGGAUGGGUCCUUGAGUGUCCUCUCUUCAAAAACUUCAUCAUCUUCCUGAUCUUUUUGAAUACGAUCGUAUUGAUGGUUGAAAUAGAAUUGCUGGAAUCCACAAAUACCAAACUAUGGCCAUUGAAGCUGACUUUGGAGGUGGCAGCUUGGUUUAUCUUGCUUAUUUUCAUCCUGGAGAUCCUUCUUAAGUGGCUAUCCAACUUUUCCCUUUUCUGGAAGAGUGGCUGGAAUGUCUUUGACUUUGUUGUUACCAUGUUGUCCCUGCUUCCCGAGGUUGUGGUAUUGGUAGGGGUAACAGGCCAAUCGGUGUGGCUUCAGCUUCUGAGGAUCUGCCGGGUGCUGAGGUCUCUCAAACUCCUUGCACAAUUCCGUCAAAUUCGAGUUAUUAUUUUGGUCCUGGUCAGGGCCCUCAAGAGCAUGACCUUCCUCUUGAUGUUGCUGCUCAUCUUCUUCUACAUUUUUGCUGUGACUGGUGUCUACUUCUUCUCAGACUACACCCGUUCACCUCGUCAGGACCUGGAGUACCAUGUGUUCUUCUCGGACCUCCCAAAUUCCCUGGUAACAGUGUUCAUUCUCUUCACCUUGGAUCAUUGGUAUGCACUGCUUCAGGAUGUCUGGAAGGUGCGUGAAGUCAGUCGCCUCUUCAGCAGCAUCUAUUUCAUCCUUUGGUUGUUGCUUGGCUCCAUUAUCUUUCGGAGUAUCAUAGUAGCCAUGAUGGUUACUAACUUUCAGAAUAUCAGGAAAGAGAUGAAUGAGGAGAUGGCACGUCAGGAGGUUCAGCUGAAAGCUGACAUGUUCAAGCGGCAGAUCAUCCAGAGGAGAAAAAACGUGUCACAGGAGGGACUGAAGUCAAGCCAUAGCAAAACAGAUGACAGUACAAGAGGAGCUGGUCAACAAAGGGAAAGUUCGGACUUAUCAGAAGUGUCUGAAGUAGGGUCUAAUUAUGGUGCCACUGAAGAGGAUUUAAAAACAUCUGCAUCAAAAACAAAAGAGACCUUGUCAAAAAAGAGAGAGUACCAGUCUUCCUCCUCUGUUUCCUCCACAUCCUCUUCCUAUUCUUCCUCUUCUGAAUCCAGAUUUUCUGAAUCUAUUGGUCAUUUGGACUGGGAGACUCUUGUGCAUGAAAAUCUGCCCGGGCUAUUGGAAAUGGAUCAGGAUGACCGUGUUUGGCCCAGAGACUCACUCUUCCGAUAUUUUGAGUUGCUAGAAAAGCUUCAGUAUAACCUAGAGGAGCGUAAGAAGUUACAAGAGUUUGCAGGUAUGGAGUUAGGGCAGUCAUGGGGACCAUGGGAAUAUAUAUAUAGCGUUUAUAACUGUGGAGGAGGAGGAGGGUGUCCGCUAUUCUGGCAUCUCAGCUUCUAAAUUUCUGCCUAUACCUAAAAUAGGCAAAUUCUUGGUUUGGUUUGUCACAUUCUGGGCAUGUGUCCCACUUUUCCCUAACUGAGAGAGAACCUAGAAACUCUGCUUCUGUAGCACGGGACGCCCAAAUCCUAUGAGGUAUGAGAGCUUAUUUCCCAAGAAGAGAAAGUCUAAUCUCAGUUGUUGGGAAUUAGGACAAGGUAGGCUCUUGCUUGAUUUGGGCAGCCCACCGGUUUCUGCAUGUUUGUUCUCUCUGAAGAUUGCAUUUCAGACUUGAGCAGCAGGGCCUAAGGCUCAAUCUGGAGAGCUAUGGGGGAUCAGACAAUGAGCAGGAGGCCCACAAGUGCUCACUGUCCUAACUCCCUAAAGAAGUUUAUGAAUUCUAAACUUCUGUUUGUAUCUGCCCCUUCUAGUGUCAGCCUCUAUAAAGAUAAAUAUGUGAUUUAAAUAGUAGAGUUUGAUGUAAACUGAGCACUAUCUUUUCAAAGUUAUUUUUCCUAAAUUUCAUUACUUCAUGACUAAUUUUGAUUAAUACAGUUUCCCUCUAAAAGCAAAAAAAAAAAAAAAAAAGGCUGGGCAUGGUGG